GAAAUUUUGUCGUCAAUGUUGCAUAUCCCCAUACUUCUCUUUUUCUUCUAAAUUUUCCACCUUCUAGAAAUGUAUUAAUAUGAUACGUUAUAUUGAAUUGACUAAUGACUAGUACCAUAUAGCAAUAUCAUAAAAGGCACUCAAUAGAUUCUAUGCGCCUUAAUUUUCGUUCACCUUUUUUUUUUCAAUUUAAUUCUGCCUAGAGUUUCUUUGACGUGAGAGAGCUCUGCAAUGGGAAAUCAGAAGAAAUUUCCAGGCAUAAGUGAGGAAUUGCAGAAGAUAUUGGAUGCAGAUAUGGACAACGUGGAUGCCAGACGUCGUGCUAGGGAGGCAUUUAAAGAUAUUCAGCUUUCAAUUGAUCAUAUCUUGUUCAAGGUGCCACAUGCUGGAUUGAAGAUGGAGGAGUCUUAUGAUGUUAAUUCUGGAGGGCUGGAAAUCUUCUCCAAAAGUUGGCUUCCGGAGACACGUCCCAAAGCUGUUGUCUACUUUUGUCAUGGUUAUGGGGAUACAUGCACAUUUUUAGUUGAAGGCAUAGCAAGGAAAUUAGCAUCUUUUGGUUAUGGAGUAGUCGCGAUGGAUUACCCUGGAUUUGGUCUUUCAGAAGGUCUUCAUGGCUAUAUCCCAAGUUUUGACAAGCUGGUCGAUGAUGUUAUUGAGCAUUAUUCGAAAGUUAAAGAAAAGCUGGAGUUACAUGAUCUACCAAGCUUCCUAUUUGGGGAAUCCAUGGGUGGAGCUAUAGCUUUGAAAGUGCACCAGAACCACCCUACUGCUUGGAAUGGUGCUGUUCUUGUGGCACCUAUGUGCAAAAUUGCAGAUAACAUGGUUCCACCAUGGUUAGUAACACAAAUUUUAAUUGGCGUCGCAAAGUUCCUCCCAACACAGAAGCUAGUUCCGACGCAGGACUUGGGAGAAUUGGCAGUCAGAGAUGCAAAGAAGAAAGAACUGACUGCCUAUAAUAUCAUCUCUUACAAACAUAAACCCCGUAUACGGACCGCCCUGGAGUUACUGAAUGCCACCCAAGAGAUAGAGAGACUACUGGAAAAGGUCUCUCUGCCAUUGUUAAUCUUGCACGGAAAGAAUGAUAUGGUGACAGAUCCAUCGGUUAGCAAAGCACUGUAUGAGAGGGCAAGUAGUUCGGACAAGAAACUGAUCCUUUAUGAGGAUGCUUAUCAUGCCUUGCUUGAGGGUGAACCGGAUGAAAUGAUACUUCGAGUUUUUGGUGACAUUAUUUCAUGGCUGAAUGAGCAUACCAUCUCCUAGCCAUUUCUGCAAUUUCCUUUUUUCUGUGUUUAGGGGGAAAGUGGGGAAGAUCUGAAAGCAAGAAACUAAUUAAUUUAUCUGGUAAGAAUGAAUGGUAGAACAAAUGAGGAAGUUAUUUCAUUGUGUAACAUUAAAAAGAACCGAACAAGGUUCAUUUAUGUGUACAUGAAAAUAAGAGUCUGAAACCUUUUUAAUCA